AUGGCAGCACAAGAUAUCCUCCCCACCAUCAUCCUCAUUGGCAUCCUGUAUGCGCUGUACAAAUGGCUCACUGGACCGAAGACACCAUCCGACCCGUUCCGCGGCGUGACGAGGCCCAUGGUUGAAUCCGUCACCUCUGCGUUCCCGGACGUGUCGAUCGAGUCCGUCGUCUUCUCCCUGUCGCGCACGCGGAAUCCGCAGACGACCAGCGAGAUUAUCCUGGACCGCGGAACGUUGCCAGCUGCCCCCGCCGAUUUUGUCGUUCCCGACCACCUCCGCCCCGUCGCCGUGCGCUCCGCCACGCCGGCAUCGUCGUCGUCCACCGCCGCCACCGCCCAGGCCGCUGCCGUCAAGCAGCAGAGCCUGAUUGACCGCUACAACCUCUCGUCUCGACUGGCGGGCGACAGCGCGAAGGCCAGCGCCAGCCCCGAGCCACCCACAAGUGGCGGCGGCAGCGGUGUGUCGAGCGGGGUCGCGACGCCAUCGAGUAUCGCGUCGGGCAAGUGGGAGGCGACGCGCGAGGACCGUGAAAAGGACCUGCGGGCGCGCAAGGAGCGCAUGAUCCUCGAGGCGAGGCGGAAGAUUCUAGAGAAGGAGGCCAAGGAGGCGGCGGCAGCGGCCGACAAGGCCAAGGCCGAGUAA